AAAACUGAAAUAAUAAACAUAUUAUAAUAUCAAAUUAGGAAUAUCCAUAUAUGUAGGUCGAUAUGUCCGAGUGGUUAAGGAGACAGACUCGAAAUCUGUUGGGCUUUGCCUGCGCAGGUUCGAAUCCUGCUGUCGACGCUUUUUUACAUCUUUGCUUCAUUACAUUCCUAGACCCAUUUUUGUAAUUUCACAUAUUCCUUUUUUUUUUUUCCCCUUAUCAAAUCAAUAUUUUGUAUUUCUCCAUAAAAAAAACCAGAAACAAAACUCAACCCCAAAAAACCUCAGUAAUGGCAACCACCCUACUUCCGUCACAACUAACACCUUUCACCACCCAACUUUCCCUCUCAAAGCCCAAGCCCAACCCCAGGCCCACCAUCUAUUGUGGGCCAAGAGACAACCGUGGGCCACUAGUAAAAGGCCGAGUACUAAGCACGGAAGCAAUCCAAGCAGUCCAAGCCCUAAAACGGGCCCAAAGAACAACCGGAACAACAGUCCACGAAACCCUCAACAAAACACUCACACGUUUAAUCAAAGCCGACCUAAUUGCUACUCUACGGGAGCUUCUACGACAAGGUCACUGCGACCUCGCUUUAACCGUAUUCUCCACCGUCCGAUCAGAACCAUGGUACAAGACUGAUUUAUCCCUUUACGCUGAUUUGGUAUUAGCUUUGGAUAAGAAGGGUGGAAUAGAGGAAGAUAUUGACCGUUUGAUUGAGGGGUUGGAGAUGGAAAUCGACGGUGGAAAAGGGGGGAUUGAUUGGGAGGAUAAGAGGGGGUUGAGUAGGUUGGUGAAGGCGUUGAUUGGGGCUAAGAGGAGGGAAUCAAUGGUUAGGAUUUAUGGGGUUAUGAAGAAAAGUGGGUGGGGGUGUAGUGGGUCGGGUGUUGAAGUUGAUGAGUAUUUGGCUAAGGUUUUGAGUAAAGGGUUGAAAAGGUUUGGGGAAGAGAGUUUGGGGAGAGAAGUUGAGGUGGGUCUUGAGGUGUAUCUUGAUGCUUGUUUGGGUAGAGUUGGGGUUUAGUGUGUGGUUCUCGAUAUGGGUUUAUGAGGCGCUAAUUGAGUUUGCGGUUUUAUCCUUUAUUAUGUGUCAAUUGGGAUUGAGUUGGUUUGUGUAAUUCUGGUCAUUUUGUUUUAGACUUUUUAGGUAUACUACGCGAAUACUUCCUUCGUGAUAAGAUUAACAUUUUGUAAUUUUUUUUGGUAGAUUGAAAGAUGUAAUUUUUAAGGGUUUUUGUUUGAAGAAUGUAAAUUAUGGGAUGAUAUGUGAUCUUAGUAUUUUACGUUGUUCACUUGUUUAUUGUGGAUUUAUGGGUAAUCUUGACACAAGGUUAUGUAACACAAAUGUAUGCGGGUAAGCAUGGCCCUAUUUCAUAAUAUUCACUACGUUGUGUAUAA